CGCAACUGUCAAACCAACCCUUGGUUCAAUUAGGUUGAUGGAUGGUAUUAACACUUGUUCUGGAAGAGUUGAGAUUUAUACGGAUGACUGGGGAACCGUAUGUGAUCAAGAUCUGGAUAGCAUCGAAGGAAAUAUGAUCUGUACAGAAGCAGGUUGUGGACCUUUACAAUCCGUCAAGACAGGUGCUUUUUACGGUCAGGGAACCGGACCUUUAUUGACGGAUGAUCUGAACUGUUAUGGGAAUGAGAGCGCGGUGAUCAACUGUGAAUGGGAUAACCACACAGACACAUGUGAUCACAAACACGAUGUCAGCGUAAUUUGCGAACCCAUCGUCAGGUUCGUAGGUGGCGUUAAUAAUUGUUCUGGGAGAGUGGAGAUUUUCCACAAUAAAGUGUGGGGGACAAUUUGUGGCAACAGCUGGGACAUGUUGGACGCACAGAUGGCGUGUAUGGAACGAGGCUGCGGAAAUCCAAUCGCAACAACACCCACUGUUAAUUAUGGACAAGGCACCGGUCAGAUAUGGAUGGACGGUCUCGGUUGUACUGGGCGGGAGGCAUCAUUUAAAAAUUGUCCGUUUAAUGGUUGGGGGGUGACCAGUUGUACCCACACGGGGGAUGUAUCAGUCAACUGUUUAGAGACUAGGCUGGUGGAUGGAUAUGACUCCUGUUCUGGGAGAGUGGAGGUACUCUUUGUCAAUGCGGGAUGGGGUACGGUUUGUGACAACGGCUGGAAUCUAUUAGGUGCAGAUUUGAUCUGCAAAGAGAUGGGUUGUGGGAGUGCUUUAAAUGCCACGAGAGGGUCUGUGUUUAAAAAGGGUAAUAGAAAGAUAUGGACGUUCAAUACCCAAUGCACUGGGACGGAACCCGUUCUAAAGCAAUGUUUAUCAUCAACAACGCCAAAUACGUGUACUCACAAUAAUGAAGCAGGAGUCAUUUGCAGGAAGAUUAAAGUGGCCGGUGGUCCGAAUAAGUGCAGUGGCACAUUGGCUGUGCGUUACAAUGAAGUGUGGGGCUCCAUUUGUCAAAAUAGCUGGGAUUAUUUGGAUGGCAUUGUGGCAUGUCGAGAGCUUGGCUGUGGGCCUUUUGUUCAGGUUCUUACUGGAGCUGCAUAUGGACAAGGGCCUGGUGCAAUAUCGCUGGAUGGUUUAGGGUGUACCGGAAGUGAGUCUUCACUGAGCCAGUGUAGCUUCCCUGGAAUAAACAGCAUCUGCACACAUUCAAUGGAUGCAGGAGUCAGCUGUCAAGGAAUGCGAUUGGUAGGUGGAGACAGCGUUUGCUCGGGAAGAGUGGAGAUUCUUUUCAACGAUCAAUGGGGAACCGUUUGUGAUGACAACUGGGAUAUGACCGAUGCUGAAGUGGUUUGUAGAGAGCUGGGAUGCGGUACUGCAGUCGAAGCAAAGAAAGGUGCUUAUUUCGGAAGUGGAGUAGGACAGAUAUGGAAGGAUGAACUCAGAUGUACUGGGAGUGAGACAUCUGUGGUAAACUGCAAAGCAAAUCCCUGGGGAAUAACCGACUGUGGCCAUAACAAAGAUGCAGGUGUCAUUUGCAGAGAGGUGAGACUGGUGAAUACAAUCAACCCUUGUAAGGGCACAGUGCAAGUCUUACACGAUGGACAGUGGGGAUCAGUGUGCCACAACAAUUGGGAUAUCCCUGAUGCUUAUGUGCUCUGUGGAGAGUUGGGCUGUGGUGGUAACGCGCAGGCUAUGAAAUCUGCAUAUUUUGGGGUCACUACUGGGCCAAUAUGGAUGGAUGCCCUCCAAUGCACAAGUGGCGAGUCACACCUCAGGGACUGCAAAUUUGGUGGUUGGGGAAACCAAAUCUGCGUUCAUCCAUAUGAUGCAGGAGUUAUCUGCAAAGAUAUCAAAACUGUGCUCAGGAUUGAAGUGGCAUCUGACUCUGUUGACCCAAACAGCCAAGACGUCAAGACAUUAAUAUUGCAAAAACUGACAAAAGAAAUCCAGAAAGCAGGAGAUUUAUCUGUCCGCUGGAGGAUUCUGAAUGGGAUAGUGUUUCAGCUUAAAUCAAUAAUUGACCCCUGACAGGUUUUUGCAUCUGUUAUUUUCACACGCCUGAAGAGGAAUUCGGCAUACAAGAAAUGACCUUGCAAAAGAAAUUCAAAGGGACAGUGGUUCUUUCUGAAUCAGCCUCAAAACAUUUCUUUGUUUAUUAAUACUCUUUAACAACAUACAGGAAAUGAUGCAUUUGUGUAAAGAACAUUUGCAACUAGCAACACAAGGCUGUUGCAGUGACUGUGGAGUUGAAGUGCAUAUAUUUGUUUAAAUGUCUAAAUAAAUAAAUACAUUUAUUUAAGUGGCUUAUACAGUACAGAAAGGAGGUUAAUACACAUAAAUAAUCUACAUACACAGAAGUACAUUGUAGAUAUAAAACAAAUAUAUGUAAUCAUAACCUCAAAUAAAUGUAUGUUGUGAGACUUUUGGAACAUUGGUAUCUUUUUAUCAACUAUAUAUCACUAUGAAAUGGGAGAUCAAAGUACAAGCUGUCAACACAAAACACAUUUUUAUACAUUUUUUUCUGUUUCUGAAUUUUGGCAAUAUUCCAUUAUAUACAAUAUUUUCUGUACAGUAAAAAAGUGUUGUGUACAGCAGUGUAAAUAUUUCACAUAAUCUCUCAAUUGAUCAUACGCAUAAAAUGUUUUUAAAAGCAUGGAAAACGGUGAACUGUCACUGAUUAGGGUGGUAUCUUAAACCCCAAAUCAGAAAAAGUUGGGACAGAGUAGAAAUUGUGAGUAAAAAAGGAAUGGAAUAAUU